AUGCCUGCAAGUAUUGGGCAUUUGUCUUCACUAGAGAUUCUCAAUGUAAGCACAAAUUACUUAAGUGGUACAGUUCCUCUCCAACUUUCAUAUAUGAGGAACCUUCAGACUCUCAUACUUGACCAUAACAAGUUCACUGGUCAAGUUCCAGGUUGGCUGAGUUCACUUCCAGUCUUGGCUGUUCUCAGUCUGAAAAACAAUAUGCUUAAUGGCUCUUUGCCAUAUUCUUUGGCAUCUUUACAAACUCUUAGAGUUCUCUGCCUAUCAAGUAACUUCUUGUCAGGGGAAGUGCCUGAUCUCAGAAACUUGACAAACUUGCAAGUUCUUGAUUUGGAAGAUGAUAGGCUUUUUAGUACCUGCGCAAACAAGGUUAAAACUCCUACAAAACUUGCAAGAAUGACAAGGUUAUUGUAG